AAGAGAGAGAACAGAGAAAUGAAGAAGAGAAAAAGCAGAGAAUAAAAAGAGACCGGAUGUUGACAAAUUUCAUGUCACUGUUCUUAGAAGGUCGUUUGUUUUUGUAAGAUUUUCUUAUCUGGGAUCUCUCUAUCUCUCUCUAGCAUAAAUAAAAAGACUAUAUUUCUCUCUCUAAAAUAAAACCAUAUUCUUACUUUUCUUUUUUCUCUCUCCUUUUUGUUGUUGAGAGAGAGAGAGAGAGAGAGAGAGUGGCCCAGCAGAUCGAAAUCUCCUUCUUUUGUUCAAUUCUGGAGACGAUCUAAGCUUCUUUAAUGGAGUUCCAAUAACACCCACUUCAUUAUUUCUUCUCUUUCCAGCUUUAUUUUUUCUGUAUGGGUUUUUUAUAGUGCCAGUCUUUUAGGACUCCUUUGAAUUUUUUUUUUCUUCCUAUGAUGUGGAGGCGACUGCUGAUAAUUGAAUCUAUUUGGAGGAUUCUUCAGGGGAAGAGAUAAAAGGAUGUGGGUCUGAGGAAUGGGAACAAAAGUACAGUGUGAAAGCUAUUUCUCAGGAUUUUUCUCAAUGAGGGAUCUUAAUGAGGAUUCUAACAGUUGCAGCUGGCCUCUAUACUAUGGAGAUAGAGCAUUCGCAAACGGGUACUACAACGGAUUCCUGCCGAGGGCUGUCGCGGAUAUAUACCCAGGAUAUGACAAGGACGUGGUAAAGCAGACAAUGCUGGAGCAUGAGGCCAUAUUUAAGACACAGCUGUGUGAACUUCACCGCCUCUAUAGAAUACAGAGGGACUUAAUGGAUGAAUUUAAAAGGAAAGAAAUAUAUAAAAAUCGAAUGCCUGAUGAAAUAUCAUUGUCAUCAAUCCCUUUAGCAUCUCAAAUUACAUCUGAAGAUGCUCGGAAAUGGCAUAUCCCUGGCUUCCCAUUGGGAAACUCUGUUUGUGCUGGACCAUCUACCUCGGGCAUUGAAGACAUGCAUUCUCCACUGAGUUCUAUGAAAGGAAGCAGUGCACAAGCUAGUCCCUUGAUAUCUCAAAAUGGAGUUACUUCGAAAGAUGUAGAGAUACUGGAGUCCAGGCCAACAAAGGUGAGAAGAAAGAUGUUUGAUCUUCAACUUCCAGCUGAUGAGUACAUAGAUACUGAAGAAGGAGAACAAGUGAGAGAUGAAAAUGCAUGUGGUGUUUCUAGUUAUCUGCCAAAUAGGAAUCAUAAGGUUUUACCUGGGAGCAUAACAAACGUGCUUGUUGGCACUGGUGGGAAGAAUAAUUGCCAAGGAGAUGAGUUGCGAUCUGAAUCAUGUUUAAAAAGCAAAAAUAACUUGGCUGACUUGAAUGAGCCUAUUCACAUUGAGGAUGCAAAUCAAUCGGCAAAUGGUGGUCUAGGCUUUACUUCCUCCCAUUGUGACAUUCAAGGGCAUGAAUUGGCUGCUAAACCAAAAUCAGAGUUUAUUGGUUUCCCCAAAGAAAUUUUGCUGAACUCUCAUCAUGGGAGCAAUAAUUGGACUGCUAGUAAUCUGCAUCUACAGAAUAAUGGGAAUGGAAAACUGUGGUUUCCCCAUAUGCUUGACUCAGGGAACAAUAAAUACAACCUGAAGUCUGUUUCUCAAGCUCUUCAGCCAGAAAAGUUGCCUGCAUCUUCUCAGCCAAUACAGGUUCUGUUAAACAAAACUACUGAACCUACAAAUCUUUUUCAUACUGUUGAAAGCCAGGUAGAUCAGUUGAGGGAAAGAACGGGUCGAGGUUCAGAACUCUCUUUAAGAAUUAAAGAGGUCUCUAACAACAACCAUCCAGCUUCAGUUGUUGCUUCCCAUAUACCCAGUCACCAUGCAAUUGAUCCAUCUUCUGAUACGAGCAACUUGUGGUCUUGGCCCGUUUCUUCUUGGGAAAAGCUAGGCAGCAGCUUAAGUCAGAAGUCAAUGUCAGUUCAAAUACAUCCUUAUGCAACAUUGAGUAGUAUUUCUCAGUCAUCAACCCAAAGUCAUGGUGCUUUUGGAGACUGGUGGAAUUAUAACAGCGGUUCUGCAUCUAACCUGAGAGUCAGAAGUGAAAUGCCUGACCAAAAUGGAAGUUACCAUGGGUCGUCAUCAGGGUCCAAGGAGCUACUGGUCCGCCUUCCUUCAGGCAACUGUGAUUAUUUGAAAUGUAGUGGUGCCAGUAAUGCAGAACACGGACAGUUCAUCAAUCACGGUUCAGCAAAGCUCUACAAGAGCUCAAAUUGCAUGGAUUCAAAGCCUGCAAAAGAUGUGAACUUGAAUGUAGUGCUUUCAAACAGCUCCUCAACCAAGAUGGCUUCUCAGCGAGGCUUUCAAGUCAUUGAUUUAGAAAGAAAUCAUGAGGAUCAUUGCGUGGCUUUGCCUUGGCUACGAACUAAGCCUAAUAUUAAAGCUGAGGCUAAUAGUGCAGGGGUGGAUUUGAAUACUGGGGGAUUGAGUGACUUGCAAUCUUCUCUGAAUCAGUUGUCAGAUAAGAGUGAAGUUGGAAAGGUUCCUAAUUGGACAGUCGUUCAGAAUUUAAAAUCAGCUACUUGUUCCAAUGUUGCUGAAGCAGGUAGGAUUGAAACAAGCGACUCCACAAGCUGCAGAAAAAUUCUCGGUGUUCCCAUCUUUGAAAAGCCACAUCUUUCAAAGCUUGAAUCUUGUACUCUUACCUCACCUUCUGUUUCCCUUCCUCAGCCAUCUGAAGAAGUAGAAAAUAGCAAGAAAACUAGGGUAUUCGAUAUUAACUUACCUUGUGAUCCAGCCAUUCUUGACUGUGUUCAACAGGCUGCAGCAGAAGUGCGUAUAGAGAAAGACACCGAGACACAAGUUGCCAAUACCAGACAUGAGAUUGACUUGAACUCAUGUAUAACUGAGGAUGAAUCAGCUUUGAUGCCUUCUUUUGUGGAAUCUAACGUGAGGACUAUUUCAGGAAUAGAUUUGGAAACCCCUGCAGUUCCAGAGACUGAAGAAGAUAUCAUUCCUGGAGAAGGAUGUCUAGAAAAGGCUCAUGAAGCACCUUCACAACUAUCACAGCAGAAAACUGAAAGUCCUCCAGAUGAAUUUGUCAGAAUAGCAGCAGAGGCAAUAGUUUCCAUCUCUUUAACGAGCCAUUGCAGCAAUCAAGAUGAUGUCACUUGCACUCGAUCAGAAACUUCUAUGACGGAUCCUCUUCAUUGGUUUGUGGAUGUAGUUUCCGCUUUUGGAGAGGAUCUAGAAAGCAAACUUGCUGUUUUGGGAGCUGAGGAGGUAGGUCGGGAUAAUGAGGGGUCAUCUUUGGAAGAUUACUUUGAGUCUAUGACCUUGAAUUUGAUAGAGACCAAGGAAGAAGAUUACAUGCCCAAGCCAUUGGUUCCCGAAAACCUGAAACUGGAAGAAACAGGAAAAACUUUAUUGUUAACUAGAACUCGAAAAGGCCACGCAAGAAGAGGAAGACAACGGAGGGACUUUCAAAGGGACAUUCUUCCAGGCCUUGCUUCGUUGUCAAGGCACGAGGUGACAGAAGAUCUUCAGACAUUCGGAGGGCUAAUGAAAGCAACUGGACAUCUAUGGCAUUCUGGGUUAACGAGAAGGACCACGACUAGAAGCGGGUGUGGAAGGGGGAGGCGGCGUGCACCGGUUAAUUCCCCUCCUGCUGUAAUACCAAGUCCACCUUGUACUCCCCUAAUACAGCAGCUUAAUAAUGUUGAAGUGGGACUAGAGGAUAGAAGCCUAGCAGGGUGGGGGAAGACCCCUAGACGUCCCCGCCGGCAAAGAUGCCCUUCAGGUAAUCCUUCUGCUCUUGCUUUGACAUAAUCAUUGGAAAAGGCUUUGGUUUACGAAUCAACAAUAUUAUGAAGGGAACUGCAGAGAUUCAUUUCUAUGGAUGUGGAAACUGAGGUUGUUGUGAGCCAUUGGGGAUUCUUUGUACAUUUCAUAGCCCAUAAUCUGGGUCCCCCUUGCCUUGAUUAUCUGUGUUUGGGUGGUUAACAACUUUGUAUUAUUAUUCAUAAAUAAUGUUGCAUGAUUUCUUCUUGGAUA